UUUCAUUUCAAGAAAAUAAGGUAACGCUCAUUGACAUUAAAAAGUACGUCCAUGAAACAGCUGUAAGUUCAAUCAGAUAAAAUAAUUUAGUCUGAAAAUGUCUUUCGCUGGUGGUAAACAUCGACUAAUUUAGUGGAAUUGAUGACAUUACUGGGACCUUUAGGAGUGGCAUGUGUUCAUCCUUCGAGCAAGAAAGUGUAUAAAUAGACAAAAUGCGCCUUAUAAAGAAACAGUUUAUAUUCUGCAUUUGUAUAGGUGUUCUAACAUACUCUUUACCAUAUUACAUGUACUGGAGCGAUGAAACUCUACGUUUUACGGAGGAAGUUGAACCAACAUUAAGAAAAAAAUACAGGACAUUUGUGGAAGUCACCGACAAACUUCCAGCGAGAAAUUUAAAUUUAGUUCCCGACCUCCGUGCAGGAACAGUAAACUUUUAUGAAGCGCUUGAGAGAAUAAGUGACAGCAGUUAUACAGUUGUAUUAACAGUUAUAGAUAGUGGAUAUAUAGAUACAUUUAUGAAUUUCGUUCAAACUAUUGUUCUUAAUGCAGGUGUUACAAACAUAUUGCCGAUAUGUAAUGAUCGGGAAUCCUUCGAUCUUCUAUUAUCCUUGCAUAUGCCAUGCUAUUUCUGGUGGGAGGUCAAAGGAGCUGGAAAAGCUACAGUUUUUGGCGAUUCGUUUGAAUUUAAACAGAAAGUAAAUACUAAAAUUGAGGUUACACUAGAAGCUAUUCGAUACGGUUUCAACGUCCUACUCUCUGACAUCGAUAUAUAUUAUAACAAGAACCCAUUUGAUCACUUUCCAUGUUCCACUUGUGAUUUGUUGAUACAAAACAAUUCGAUGACACAGCGAAAGAAUACUGGGUUUAUUUACGUCAGACCAACCGAGGCAAGCAUAGACAUUUAUCAAACAGCCUGGGACAAUAUUGUUGAGAGUAACUGGACGUUGAUGGACCAACCAGCCAUAAACCGACUGUUAACUAAAUACGAUCGUGCGGCAGAGAAAGGUCAGGUUCUCGAACCACAUUUAAAUUAUCAAAUUCUAGAUCCUAAGAAAUUCCCAUGUGGCAAAGAAUAUUUCAUGUAUCGGCCAUUCUCUCGCAUUGAAGAUUCGCCAGGUGUUGUUAUAGUUCACAACAACCAAAUUAAAACAAAAGAAGAUAAGACAUAUAGAUUCAAGGAACAUUUCAUGUGGCUGGUAGACACGGAUGGUUAUUAUUCAGAUCCAUAUAGAAAAUAUAUUACAUUUGAUAUUCCAGUGUAUACUGCUUCAUACGAGGGCCUAGACAAUGACUUUAGCGCCUUGAAAAACGCACUUAUGCUGGGUGAAAUACUUAACCGAACUGUCAUUUUACCCAAGUUCUUUUGUCAAGGUGUCAGAUGCAUCAUGGGAAUAUGCCCAACACAGGAGGAUCGAUGUCCCAUGAAUGCUCAUAUAUUUUUAGAAUUAUUUGACGCACAUUUUGCAAAUAAAUAUAGAGAAAGUACUUUUCUAGAAAAUAAACAGACGGCAGCUGCUGUUAAAGAGUCAAUCUCUCCCUUACUCUAUAUAGAAAAUAACAAAGACAAGACUGAAGCUGAUUAUGACGAAACCAUUACACCGCAAAAUAUUGAUAAAGGGGCCUCGGAGACAGAGAUAAAAUCCCUACUCUCUAAUUAUAGGGACUAUAGUGUCAUUCAAUUUCAUUCUUUAUAUUACGGCUUUACUGGAUUUGACAAUCCAAAUGUUCAAGCUAAUUUUGAUAAGAAAGUUUCAAACGAGGAGGCAUUUACUAGGAAAAUCCACAAACCACGGUGUUGCUAAUUGCUUUCAUAUCAUGUUGUACAUUAUCUCCAGCAAUUUGAAACAAAUACAUUUCAAAUUAAGUUUACAAUCCUAACAUUAAAAUACGAAUUAAUGAAACAUAUGUUUGAAAAUGGAUAAUUGACAUAUUAUAGAUUAAAAAAAUUAUCAUUAGUUGUCAGGUGUUAUCUGUUCGUUUGAUAAUAAUCAUAUCGGGUAUAUCUAUUACAUUUAUUACUUAAACAAAAAGCAGAUCAAAAAAAUAUGUGCCCAGGUUAAAUUUCAUUUCAUUUUUAUUUAUAAUCACUUAACUAUGUUGAACAGUUAGAAAUUGAGGAACUGGUCAACAUGCACGACAAGAUAGUCAACAUGUAUUUAUAAACAAUAUUUUGCUAGACGAAUUAACAAAUCUAUUACAUAUUAUUUACUAGGUAAGCAAUUAAUAUUUGGGAUAUCGUCAUGCAUUCUUAGUAAUGAAUUUGACAAUUUUAAUAUAUUAUUGAAUAUGGUACUAAUCUAUCUAUAUACAUAAGAUAAGCAAUUAUAAGGCAAAAUGCGGUAUUGAGAAAACAUAAGGGAUAUUGUCGCUGCAUCCUAAAUAUAUUGAAAUAUACUGUUUUGAAUAUUAUUGAAUAUGUGUAAGAGUUGAUAUGAUUAUAUUUGUUUUAGGUCAGCAUAUUGUCAGAGGCUAUGUGAUAAUAAAUAUUUCAUGGAAAGUUUUAAAUCGAAAUAUCCAAGGAACAUCGCAUUCUUUGAUAGAUGAGGACACAUCUCGACUGUUCCUUCAAAGAGUGCAAGUGGGACAUAUGCGGACAUAUACAAGGACAUAUAUUUCAAAGUUAUCCAACUGAAAUAGGGUUUAACGCGUUGAAUGACGCCAAACGAUACAGAUGUCGUCUAGAUAUACAACGCAAAUAUGUCAAUGUUAUUCAACUGAAACAGGCUUUAACGCGUUGUAUGACGCCAUAUGAUACAGAUGUCGUCUAGAUAUACAACGCCAAUAUUUCAAUUUUAUCCAACUGAAAUAGGGUUUAACACGUUGAAUGACGCCA